GCCAUUUUGCUGGUUUUUUCUGGUUUCAGGGGCAUUACAGGCAGUUUGAAAGGUUUGUUAUAGUCAUGGAAAGGCUGAACUCUAAUCUGUACCUGCAUAACUGUUACAUAAUGAAGGAGAAUGAGAGGCUGAGGAAGAAAGCGCAGGUUCUCAACCAGGAGAAUCAAGCCCUGCUCUCUGAGCUGAAACAGAAACUCUCCAAGGCCAACUCAAAGGGAAAUUCAGCAAAAGACCUCAACCUCAGCUCCAGUUCUAACCUAAAUUCUCCCAAUUCUAGCCAACCCUGAUCCAGCAGGAUAGACACCAUAACCCCACAUAAACUCCCCCUUGCCCUUUUUUUGCGUGUAAAACCAUAGCCAAACAGUAGUAGUAGCUUCGUUUCAGUUAAAUAGGAUAUUACA